AUGGUUUUACUAUCUAGACCUGGAGUCUGUGCCUCGACAAAAUAUACAACUCCAAAUAGGUCGUUAGUAGUCAGUAACGGAAACGUGUCAAAGAUAAAUGAACAGAUAAAAAUAUUGGAGACUACUGGAGAUUUGGAAUUGUGUAUGUCUUUGACGUCGAACAAUUUUCGACCGAUGACUGUAAAGAUUGGCAUAGAGAAUGAUCCAAUUGUGGAAGAUUGCGACUCAGAAAUGACCCAGCCGACUCUCAAAGGUCUUAUUAAACAGGUACUUGCGGUGCACAACAGUUUUACGACUUAUUAUUGA